UAAUUCACAGGUGUUCCAGGCUAACGUUUUGCGAACCCGCAGGAACAGUACCACGGUUAUGAAUCGUCAUAGUCUGUUUGUGCCAUCAUCUCCUAUCCGUAUUCCUAGCAGCCGACUUCAUCAAAUCAAACAGGAAGAAGGAAUGAAUUUGAUGAACAGAGAAACAGUACGUGAAAGAGAAGUGCAAGUAGCAAUGCAGAUGAGCCACUCAUGGGAGGAGAGCUUGAGCCUGAGCGACAAUGAUUUUGAAAAGUCAUCAUCACCAAAACAAGUAGACUUUGUCCCAGUUUCUCCAGCUCCUUCACCUACCAGAGGAAUAGGGAAGCAAUGUUUCUCACCAUCUUUGCAAAGUUUGGUGAGUAGCAGUGGAUUACCUCCCAGUCCUAGCCCAAGUCCAACAAGGCGAUUUUCAAGCAGGAGAAGCCAGAGUCCAAUUAACUGCAUUCGACCAAGUGUUCUUGGGUCAAUAAAAAGGAAAGGUGUAACAGAGAUAGAAGAUCAUCCAAAAAGAUUAUUCCAAGGAUCUACCAACAUGCUUAUCCCUGAAGUUUCACAUCAGGCAGACCUUGGGGGAUGUCUGUCAUCACAUGCUCUUGAUGACAACAGAAGCAGUGCAGGCUCUUCCUGUGACUCACCAGCUGAAGUCGGCACCAACACAGACUCUCCAGUCUCACUUUCUGACUCCAGAUCUCCUUUUUUACCAGUAGAUCUUACGGCUAAGUUACCUAUUAAUUGAGAAGCAGAAGUCUGCUAAUGGACACCGAGAAACAGGCUGGAUAUCAAUAAGACUUUCUCCUGUGUGUAACUGAUUCUGUUCCUCAUAGGAACUUCCAGAAAUGUCAUUAUUUCUAGAAAACUUCCGGAAUAGUUCCUUGAGGAGGAAUUCACGUUUCUAGUGAUUUGUAUGACAUUUACUAAAAUACAGUAAGCAUUUGAAUUGCAAACAUAUUUGAUGCUAACAUCAGUAAGCAAGCUGUUGAUUUACAAUGGAUAUCGUCUUGUUGGCAUAAGUUACAAAUACUGUAUGUACAUUCUGUUUGUGGAAGACUUGGCUUUCCAACAGCCAACCGGCAGUGUCCUCACUAAUAUAAAGUUGUGCUUAUGUAGUAACAGAUAACUUUCACAUUUGUCCUCAGUCUGAAACCAAUGAAGCAGCUUACUAAUUUGUUUUUAUUCC